UCCCCAUAUCUUCAAACUCUUCUCAUCAAGCCCAAAACAAAUAACUCUUUUCUUUUAAAAAAACAAGAGAGAAAAUGGGUUUAGGAAGAUCGAACUUGGCGUAUCUCUUCAUGGCGGUGCUCGUGACAUCAUCGGCUUCGGACAUGACGAUUACAUCGUACGGCCAGAGCCACGUGGCGAAAACUGAUUGGAGAACCGACGAGGAGGCCAUGGCCAUGUACGAGGCGUGGCUCGUGAAGCACGGCAAGAUCUACAACGAGCUCGGGGAGAAGGAGAAGCGGCUCGAGAUCUUCAAGGACAAUCUCCGGUUUAUCGAUGAACACAACUCCGUUAACCGGACAUACCGGUUGGGUUUGAACCGCUUUGCGGAUCUUACCAACGAGGAGUACCGGUCCAUGUAUCUUGGGCUCGGAAAGCCCAAGAGGAAGCCGCUGAAGACGACCAAUCGGUACAUGCCACGUGUCGGCGAUGACCUGCCGGAAUCUGUUGACUGGCGGGAAAAAGGAGCCGUUGCCGAAGUCAAAGAUCAAGGAUCUUGUGGGAGUUGUUGGGCAUUCUCUGCGAUCGCAGCCGUGGAAGGAAUAAACAAGAUCGUAACAGGAGAUCUGAUCUCACUGUCCGAACAAGAGCUCGUGGACUGUGACACUUCUUACAACGAAGGCUGCAAUGGCGGUCUAAUGGACUACGCUUUCAAGUUCAUCAUCAACAACGGAGGUAUCGACACCGACGAAGACUAUCCCUACAAGGGUUAUGACAACGUUUGCGACACAUCCAGGAAGAAUGCUAAGGUUGUCACCAUCGAUGAUUACGAGGACGUUCCAAUGUAUAACGAGAAAGCUCUGCAAAAGGCGGUGGCGAAUCAGCCCGUGAGCGUCGCCAUUGAAGGUGGUGGCAUGGCUUUUCAGCUCUAUGAAUCCGGUAUAUUCACCGGAAGUUGCGGAGUUUCGCUUGAUCACGGGGUUGCAGCUGUAGGAUACGGCUCGGAGAACGGUGUGGAUUACUGGAUAGUGAGAAACUCGUGGGGAAAGAACUGGGGAGAAGAAGGGUACGUGAGGAUGGAACGUAACAUUGAGUCUGCAGCAGGCAAAUGCGGGAUAGCCAUCGAGCCAUCUUACCCGAUAAAGAAAGGACAGAACCCUCCAAACCCGGGUCCUUCACCUCCAUCGCCAGUGAAACCACCUGUCGUUUGCGACAGUUACACUACUUGCCCGACAAGCAACACUUGCUGCUGCGUCCUCGGGUACGGAACUUACUGUUUCGAAUGGGGAUGUUGCCCGCUCGAGGCCGCGACUUGCUGCGAAGACAACUACAGUUGCUGUCCUCACGAUUACCCCAUCUGCAACAUCUAUGAAGGCACAUGUCUGAUGAGCAAAGAUAAUCCGAUGAGCGUUAAGGCCUUGAAGCGUACGGUGGCAAAACGUUCUUGGGGAUUUGGAAAACGAAGCAGUGCUUAAGUGGCGAAAACUUAUAUUGAAUUUAGAACGUAUUGAAUCAUCAUUUUAGGUUGCUGGUAAUUAAAGAUGCAUAUAUAUAUAUAUAUAUAUAUUGUAAUUAUUAUAUGCUUAUGUGUAAGAUUUUAAUAAAAAAAAAAGAUGCAUAUAUAUAUAUAAAAGAAAAAAAACGAUGCAUAUAUAUAUAUAUUGUAAUUAUUAUAUGCUUAUGUGUAAGAUUUCUUGUAUCCUAAGAAGCAGAUGCAUUAAUCACUUAUGUUUGACAAGAAAUAAUCUUGUUCGUGGCUGAAGUUGGAGACGGAAGUUUCGGACAAGGGAUGAGUUGAUUAAGUCAAUAGACUUGUUCAACAGUCGAGUAAACCAUUUCCUGAUUUUUUUGCAUUUUUGUUGUUCUUCA